AAGCACCCUUUAAGGACCAAUGUACCCAAAUAGCUCAUGGAAGAAAAAAAUCAAACCAGAACAUCCUUGGUUUCCAGGCUACCGAAAUAUGGAACGAAAACUUUAGGGAGUGUCUUACAACCUGUGCCCAACGGGACGGCCCUUAACUUAGCAGGGAGUCAUGGGGGCAAAAAUUUCGCCAAGCACAAUGGCACUGGCCAUGUGUCUUCCUUCUCUUUCAACUGGAAAAAAUCUAACAGAUAUCAGCUUAACGAUCAAAAUGAGAGAGAGGCCAACUCUAAACGCAACUGCAAUGAAAAAUUAAUCGAUUCUGAGAAGUAUCCUCAAUCUCAAGGAGCAUUGGGCAACGAUGAGCUCAGGGUGGGUUUGAACAGUCCCGCUUCGGUUGCGUCGAAAGCAGCAAAGCAAACCAAUAUGUUUGUAUCUUCUACCGAGGACUUAAACCCAAAGUCUUUACCUGGACUCUCUGGUUCAGCUAAAUUCACCAAAGGUACCCUGCCAGGAAGGACCUCAUAUUCUGGACUCAAUGCUCCAAGAUCAAAUUUAAAUGGAUUUUAUGGAAAUAGGCCAGUGGUAGGUUUGCAGAGACCUAGAGCUAAUUCCAGUGCCACAAGGACAAGUUCAGGAGAAAGCCUAGCACAAUCUACAGACAAUAGCAAGGCUUUUUCCUGUGAAAAAAUGGUAAGAUCACAAAGUUUUUCACAUUCCAUUCAGAAUUCUUUCCUUCCCACUGCAUCUCUAACCAGGUCACAUUCCUUUAAUAAAGCUGUGGAUCUUACAAGGCCUUAUCAUAGUCAAAAUCUGGCUGCCAGGACGUCUCAGAGGUCUACUUUGCUGUCAAGAAACGCGUGUCAGUUGGAUGUACCCAAUGGAAAUGAACCGAUGAAGUAUGGGUUUACCAGACCGUACUCUGGUGUGGCAGCUCCUUGUUCCAAGAAACCCCCACUGUCAAAUGGAUCUGGGUCAGCACCUUCCUUUGGAUACAGAUUAAGUCGUCCUUCUCUGCUCAAGCCUACCAGGCAGCGCUUUGCUGGGAAUACUGCUGUGGAUGGCAGCAAAAGUACCUCUCCUGACACACAUGCCGUGGAGAGCUCUGAAAUUUCAACAAAUAUUAACAGAGCAGUUGAGAAAAACAGUAUUAUAGAGAGCAGUGCUCAAAGAACAGGAUCUGAUGAGGGCCUGCAUGAAAGUCUGGGAAAACAUGGGUCAAAAGUCAUGUGUAUGAGUGAUGAUGGAGAUGAAAUAUCUAUAUCUUCUUUGUCGUCCUCUGAGAAGAAUGAUUUGAGUGAAGAUUUCAGUGAUGACUUCAUAGAUAUAGAAGAUGCAAACAGAACUAUACAAAUACAGCAGAAGGAGAGCUGCCUGCAGGAAUUAGAGCACGGGAGCAUCACGUCCAUUGAGCCGUUCACGUCCCUCAAGGAAAGUGGAGGAUCUCGCUGUAAUGCUGAUGAGUGGCUUGAUAUAAAUGUGUCUGCAGUGGAUGACAACAGCGAAAGCACAAAACAUACUACCGAGAAUGUCAUUUCUUCAGAGAUGAACUAUAGAGCUGGGUCCUCUUUUGAGCUUUCUCCAUCUGACAGUUCUGAUGGCACAUAUAUGUGGGAUGAAGAAGGGUUGGAACCUAUAGGAAGCGUCCAUCCAUGUGGAAGUUACGACUCUUCGGAGAUGAACAGCAUAGAUAUCUUGAAUAAUCUUGAUUCAUGUGAUCUUGAAGAUGAUGACCUUAUGCUUGAUGUGGACCUGCCUGAGGACCCACCUCGUGACAAAGAGGAAUGUGAAAAUAUGAGCCGUUAUGAUAGACAAGACAGAAAUGCUAGACAACAUCAGGAAGGAUUCUGGAAAAGAGCACCACAGCAGCGAUGGAAUGCACAGGAUCACUAUCAUCUCGGCCAUACUGAUCAUUAUAUCCAUGGUAAAAAUGAUUUGAACAGGGGAUCAAACUACCGGGAAUCUCCUGUUGGUCACUUGGAAAGCUACGGAGCACCCAAUUUGUACCAGGCUCCCCGCCAGCUGGGGGGUUUACCGGAGAAUACUGUGAUGCUGGAUGAAAUGACCCUGCGGCACAUGGUCCAGGACUGCACAGCUGUCAAAACUCAGCUCUUGAAGCUCAAGAGGUUACUGCACCAGAAUGAUGACAAUGUGUCGCUCCAGGACGUCAACCUCUCAGUUCCAUCAAGUCCAGAACCACAAGAACCUGAGUCCACUUUUAAGAUGGAUGAUCUGCUGAAUGAGAUCAGGCAGCUCAAAGAUGAACUGAAGAAAAAGGAUGAAACAAUCAGCCAAUUAGAGCAUCAGCUUGCCACUAGAUGUAACUGCCAGAAAGACAGUCAAAAACCUGCAGGGGCAUCGCGCACGCACGCCGAUAAAUUCACACAAACCUCGUGGAGGAGGAGUUCUCCUCAAGUACUACAGCCUUCCAGCAGCCUUCCCAGUUCCACAGACCUCGCCCAGGGAAAACUAGUAAAAAUGCCACAUAUCGAGGCCCACAGUGAAUAUCCUACACAUGAUCUGCAUGAAAGUAGCAAUCAUCCGAAUCCAAAUGCUGCAAAUGUCUCUCUCCCAGAUAGCCUGAAUGAUGUAAACUCUUUAACAAGCCUACAGUUAAACAUAAAAGAUGAAAAUGCAUCAUAUUUGGACAAUUUGAAAAACAAAAACACUGAAAACCCUGGAGAGGUGAUGAGUAAUAAAGAAGGUACAUUGCCAUCUCGUUCCCGUUUUCAGACCUCUACACGAGCUGAUGCCAGAGAGGUGCAGACUGAACUACCUGUGAAAGGUCAGCCCUCGUUCACAAACCAGGCUUCUCGGCCAAAGACUUUAAGAAUCGCAAAGCCCCCAAAUGCUUUAGUGCCUCCUACAAUGGCCGUUCUCAUACGAUCUGCAAAUCAUUCCGCUGCUUCCAAGGAACGUGAGCUUCUACCACUAAGUAGUUCAACUCAGCUACAGCCAACAUCUGGUCAGGAUAACCUAAAGGGUAAACAGAGUCAGAAAGUGUCUAAACUUCGCCCACCAACUAUGUCCUUUGUUAGAGCUAAGCAAGUGAGCGGUCAGAAAUCCACACCACUAUCUCCAGAGCCUCAGAACACCUCUUUGAAGUCUAACAUCCCAAAGCCACUGGUACAGAGAAAGGAAAAUGUGCAAACGCACCCCACCAGUUUGCAUUCUGGGGACAGUGUGCCCUCCAGCCGGCAUUCCCGCCUCCCUAAACCAAAGACACACUGAGGACGUACCUACAUCUCACCCAACGAUGCCACACAACAAACCACUUCCUGUGUCGCGACUGCCUUCGAGCCUGCCAGACCCACAGCCUGCAAAUCCCGAGUCCACAUUCAAAACAGCAACUUCUUUUGAGGAUUUGCACACUCCACCCUGCGACGUUCUGAGGCUGAUGUUGUGAGCUGUGCAGUUUCUCUUGAGAGUGUUCUAUCUUCUCGUAAGUCUGUAAUAAAGAUUGUACUGCGGUCUUAGUAAUUAAGCAAAUGCUGAAGUCUGUGGUGACCACAAAUGCCAGAAUGCUGCACUACCUAUUUCAGGAUGGCAGAAGUUAUUUCUUACCUCUGUUUCUUUGAGUUAUUAGACAAUGAAAUUGCUGUUCUGUUUAACUUCUUGGUUCUGAGUACUCGUUAGGUCAGAGUGGUGGAAAGUUAGACUUACUAGCAGAUGUUUUAUUGGCCAUAAUUCUGACUCUGUAUUCCAGAGGCCUAUGCAAAAAUCCUUGUAUUUAUCAUUAUCUCAAGACUGACAUAUUUAAUGUUAUUUAAUCUGAUGGGUUGGGUGGGUUGUGUUGUUUUCGUUUUGCUGUAAUCUGAAGUUGCUCUGUUCUUUAUUUAUCCCAUUUUCACUGUUCACUGACAUUAAGCAGAUUUCACAGGGUGAAACAAGUCUUCUCGCUUAAACAUCAUCAUUUGUUAAAAGAUUGUGGUAUGUUUUUAUUGUGUUGAAUGGACACAUUACCGGGUAGAUUCUUAAAACGCAGUGCAAAGGAUACUUGUGCAAAACCUUCCAAUGCAGGCUCUUAUGAAUUGAUAAGUAGGGAGCCUCUGGGAAUAUGGGGUCCAUAACACCUAUGUUGAGGUUGCACAACAUGCAUUUUAAUUAAUAUUUUAAACUUUUAUUGUAUUACUUGUAUUUAUUGAGUUCUGUUUAAUAUCGAAAGGCUCUGAAGUACCUGACUUGAAAUUUUGCACAAACUUUGCCAUAUGUGUAAGAAUUUGAAACUAUUUUACAGAAUAAAACUUGUAUUAAAAAUGCAACUAUUUUUAAGAAAGGAAAAAAAAAAUUAAUUAACCCCACUUAUUUGCUUUGAGCAAUCCUAUUAUGUCCUAAUCCAGAGCUGGUACUCUUAAGAGUUUUUCAGAGAUGUGUAUUUUGGUUUUGGGUUUUUGUAAUUUUUUUUUUUUUUUUUUUUGUAAUUUCUGAAGAAGUGCAUGAUAACUGGGAAGGAGCUUUUUGGGGAAAUAAAGCAAAAAAAAAAAAAAUAAUUUUGUGCUCUUUAGGAGAAGUAUUUUUUCUGAAAGUAGUGUGGAAGUAUAUGCCCAUCAUGGUGCACUAUGGGACCAUGACAUGUCAUGGGAGUUAAACAUAUACAUAUCCAGUGAAGCUUUCCAGAAAUUUGAUGUUAUGUCCCAUCUACAAUUCUUCCCUUCUUUCCUAUGACUCUCUUUGAUGUUACUGGUUGGGUGGGGGGGUUUUUUUCCUGUCCUUUAACCAGGGGUAUCCUGAUGGAAACCUCAGUUUGGUGAAGGAAAAAAAACACUCAUCUGAGCUUUCAAUGCAUAGCUAAUAUUCAAGAAAGUUUUUGAAUUUGUCACACUAAUUUUUUUUUUAACUGACAAUGAAGUGGAAAAAUUAAAAGGCUGGGGGGAAAAUGGGGUAGGGGGGAAGUUCCAUUUCAGAACUACUUAUAUCAAUCUGAAAUAAGGGACCUGCAGGACCUUCUGGGAACUGUGACGAAGACAAUGUAAUCAAGACGUAAGGAGCGUAAUGUUAAUUGUUACGGUUGGUAUAGGAUCAAAAUAACUACAGUUUGAGAUUGCAGUAACAAUUAUUCUCCUGGAAUAAUUUAUUUCCUUGAAAAGCAUUGAACUGGAUGUCCUUUAGUGUAAGUAUUUGCUUCCAAUAAGAAAAUAAAACUGACUUAUAUUCCCCAAAACUAGCUCCUGGCAGCUAACUGUGUUUCUCAGGAGUUUAAAGACUGCUGAGGGAAUGAUCAGAUUCCUGGUUUGUUUUCUGGUCCAUGUAGAUUUCUAUGGAUGGAAGGUGUUUUUUUUAAGUUUACUUUUCUUGAAGACAACCCGAUUUUACUGUUACAUGUAUAUGAUUUUGUGUAAAAAUAUGAUUUUCAUUUAAUGGUAUUGACAGAGAUAUUUCAUCCUGAAUUCUUUUGCAUCUUAUUCUGGAGGUAUCGCCAGCUUGAUCUAGUGAUGUUAAAAUUUUUAUGUUUACAUUAAAAGUAUAGAUAUCUUAUCUAUCUGCACCUUUACUGAAAAUUAAGGAGAGUGUGAUCAAAGCAAAUUAAGCAAAGAAAAUUGAGAUGAUCAAGGUUUUCAUAAAAAAGGUAGUUCUUAAUUUUUCUUUCCAGAAGAAAAAGGUUAUAUUUAUACAAGGGUGGGGGUGUCUAUGUUAAAGGAACAUAAGUAGAUUAUAGUGGGUUUUUUAUAGCAUUUCCCCAUUUUGUUCUGACAGAUUAGUGAGAUGAUGAGCUGGAGACAGCAGGAUUUGCUCAUGGAUGAGACAGAUGCUAGCCUGACUUGUAUUUGUGUUCAGCUGCUAACCUCGCAUCCCUCUAAAGACAACUCCAUGUUUUGGCUCUUCAGACUUUCCCAGGGAAGGCUCUGUUGCAUGUAUAGUAAGUCCAGAGUAUGAGCAAAGCCUGUCAGGAGAUGGGCAGCUGGAAGAGUAGUGGUGAAGUGAAGUUUGGAGCUUCACUUGGGUUUGGGGGGUGAUGGGUGAGAGGGUGCUGAGUAGAGCUUCUCAGACGGGAUUAAGUGUUUUCAGGUAACGUAUCUACCUUAUGGAAGGUGCAGAUAUAUCAUCAGUACUGGUGCAGUUAUCCAAAAGGCAUAAAUUUAAGUGUUUGAUAUCUUCAGGGUUUUUUUUUUUUUUAGGUUUGUGAAACUGAUGUAUUGCCAUUUUUCUUUGUUUUUGAUUUCUCAUUCUUUUGUGCAAUAUUCACAAAAGUAUUAAACUACUGUUCAGUAUGUGUGUACAGAGGCAAUUACGCGUUUUAACAAGUGAAUAAACACAAAAGAAAAGAACAGAAUUGCACUUUAAAUGAGCUUUAUUGCUUGGAGUUGUGCCUAAAAUAAUCUAGAUGCCUCCUGCUGUGUGUGGCUUUUGUUUGAAACCAAUUUCCCCGGUAGUGUUGCUGUUUCCAAGGUAUUUUCACAUCACUUUCACAGAAUCGAUACGCACUCUAGCAUGUUAAAAAAUAUUCAUAUAGUGUACUGAGUUUUUGUUGUGCAAUGACUUUAAUUUAACCGUGGAAUUUUAACACUGAAGAUGCAGCCAGAUUAUUAUUACCUUCCCCUUCCUUGAAGCCAGCACUUCCUACUGCCAAUCAAAGGCCAUGGCUAAAAUUCCCCAGGACUAGCAUAGCUCUGAAAGAAUAACGGCCCCAGCCCAUGUUUUUGUUUGAGAAAAGAAGUGCAAUAUUAUCUCAGACUUUCUCUAAAUAAUCACAAAGGCCCUGAAAAUCCAAAACAACGCUGAAUUUCGAUACAGUUCCAAAAAAAGUGUAUUCCUCAACUUUACAUCUUGUAACAGUGAGACUGCACAUAGCAAGUAGACUGCAUCAUUGCUCAGUAAACUUCAUUUCAUCCUUGAUCUAAAUGCCAAUUUGUUGUAAUGAUGCUGGAAAGCUGAGUACCAUUUGCGUGAUUUCCUUUGUCUGCAUGUCACAACCAUAUGCACAUUCUAAAGUGUCAUACUUGGGUAGGUUGCAUGUUGGGGGGGAAGUGUUUCUGGUUUUGCACAGCACAUAAUCCUCUUAAUAUGGACGUUUUCUUGCUGUACAAAUGGAAAUCAGUUCUUGAAUUGGGCUUCCGUAGCUAUUCCUUAUCUCGUUACAGAGGCUUUUUCUGAGCAGAGUGGAUUUAAUACAUGAUCCUGGUGGUAGGUCUCAGUAUAGUCAUCUUACAAUGAUGCUAUCAAGGAAAAUCAGUCACUGUUGUGGUAAAGCUGCUCACUGCCUACUUAAUUGUAAAAGCACCACCGUAAAACAAAUAUAAUUCCAGUGUAACCAAAUCUUAAAUUCAAUAAUAGCUAAAACAAGAGGUACUCUUCCUAUCUGCUUUGUUUUUGGUUUUUUAACCCAGGCCAGAGUAAAUACUGUAUAUUGGAAUUUGCUUGUAAAGUUGAUUCGAAAACCUGUAUGUAAAAAUUCUUUCCUCAAUGUUGCUCUAGUGAAUAAAAAUAAAAGUCAUAAUUCUAAUAAGUA